UAAUACAUUUUGUUAUUUUCCAAUGUUGCAAUGGGUUGAUUAGUCCGAAAAACGGAUGACGACCCGUGGUCCAUGGGUAGCCCGCAAACCCGUGCGUAAAUACACACUUCUCCGCACAAUCAGAUUGAACAUUUUUACUCGACUACAAUCCAUCUGAUCGGGCGGAGAACGACAGACAUGGCGUCAGGUUGGGGAAUCAAUGGGAACAAAGGUAGGUGCUACGAUUUCUGGGUCGAUUUCAGCGAGUGUAUGUCCCGUUGCAGAGAGCCCAAGGACUGCGCUCUACUCCGCGAAGACUAUCUCGAGUGCCUCCACCAUUCCAAAGAGUUUCAACGAAGAAAUCGAAUUUAUAAGGAGGAGCAACGUAAAUUAAGAGCUGCUACACGGAAAGGCAAGGAAGGCGAAGAUGGUGUUGGCCAUCAUGCAUAGUAAUAAUUCAUGAUCCUUUGAAUUUCCAAGAAUAAUAAUGCAUGGAGAUUGUUGUAUUUUUUGUUCGGAUUGGUAUUUUAACUCUUUUUGAAAUUACCUUGGUUUCCUUUUCUUUGGAAUGGAUAUUGUUGAACGGGUAUUGUUGUUUUGAGCCUGUGCAAAGAGGCAAUGAUUAGUCUUUGGUCACAUUCCUGGGUGUGGAGCAACAUUAUUUGAGAAUCUGAUGUGUCCAUUGAACUCUCAUAAUAUUGCAGUUAUAGUUCAAAUUCUGAGAA